UUACUCUCGGCAAGAAAGCGAAUAAGUGUAUUUACAUUUACAAAUAUUCAUGUGGCAGAUGCUUUUUUCCAAAGCAAUGUACAAAUGUGGUACAAUCCAAGCCGCAGUCGAACAAGAGGAAGGCUUCAAGAAUAAGUGAUGCAAAACUUGGUAUUUAUCAAAAUGUCAAAUUUUGCUUUAACUGUUUGAUCCAUGAUUUAUUGAGGUCUGAAACACUUUUCUCUACUCUACUCUAUGGAAAUUUAAGGAACAUAAGAAUUGCUGAAAAAAGGGAGUAUUGAAAAAUCUGAGAGAUCAGACUGCAUGCACAGCUAAAAUGGAUAUGGUGACUGGAACCCCUGAGGUCAUUAAUAAUUAUAACACUUUCAUGCAUUGCCCAUCCAUCCCAAAACCUGGAACUUUUUUCUUGCCAAUUGUCAUGAUCACUAAGAUGAUUUUGGGGCUGCCAGGAAACACAGUAGCGUCGUGGAUUUUCUGUUUCCGCAUGAAGUUCUGGAAACCCCACACUCUUGUCCUCUUUAACCUGGUUCCAGCUUACUUCCUGCUUGUCAUCAGCAUGCCCUUCUGCAUCGACACCCACCUGCAAGGGGAAUACUGGGUAUUUGGACAGGCCUGGUGCCUCAUCAACCUCUUCAUGAUGGCUGUCAGUCACACUGCCAAUAUUGCAUUCAUGACAAGUGUGGCAUUGGAUUACCACUUUAAAGUUUUCCAUCCGCAUCACUGCAUACGCCAUAUGACUUUAACUCAGGCGGGUUGGCUCGUGGACUUGACGUGGCCUGUUGUGCCUCGGAUUCCGCUAUUGACCACCAACCUCCAACAGGACGGCAACGUCUCCCUGUGUCGCGGCUUCAACUUCUAUGAGGGAGUCCCUUUGGUGAUAAAUGUACACUAUGUUGCCUUCAUUGCAGAGUUCUUCCUUGAGUUCUUGUUCCUAUUCUGGUCAGCCCUUAUGACCUGCUCCCUGUGCCAAUGGCAGAUGGACAGGCAGAAUAAAGUACAAAACGCCAUCACAGCAGUAGGGGUGAUCAGUUUGGUUCAUAACAGGCCUGGGGAUGAUAUAGGCUACGUCAAGCAGUUCUGCCCCAAGGAUCCGACCUCCUACAACCUGAUCACCAAGUGCUUUAUGAUGUGCAUUGCCCUCAUUUACCUCAACAGCACUUUUUACCCUGUCAUCUACCCAUUCUCCAGCUCCGUGUUUCAUGAUGUCCUCAAGAGCUCCAUCAGCCACCUGGGUUUUGUGAAGAAGAAUGUUAGACCAGUCAAUAGCACAGCCAAUAACUGCUAAAAGGCAAACAUAACAUUAUGUAUAAUAUCCAUACUGC